AUGAGCAGCAAUGGCUCGUUGCAUCCGCCUAAGAUUAUUACAGCAUUAUCACGACCUCCAGCCACUAUUGGUGCUCAUGGUGGAUCUACAUUGACUGCUUUGUCUUCAUUUUCAGCACCGUCAUCUGUCGGUGCGUCCUUCUCGCCAUACGCCAAGAGUCCUGCGCCUAAUGCCAGACGCGUCGCUAUGGAAGGGAAGAGCUUGUUCACGUGCCACCAAUGUGGUGCACUACUCAAAUUCCAACAUAGUCCAGUGUCUAUUGAGGAGAAGAUCUUGAAGCUUCGACCGGUGGCCUACGAGCACUCGUCGGAGGUGUCCGAGGAACGAGACAGCAAGGUAGAAAACGAGGAAGACCAGAUGCCAAGACUUACAGAAAAAACGGACGCUGGAGAGGCUAUAGAUGCAGAUGAAGAGGAAGAAGCAUCACAUAUGGCAGCCAGGUCCUCACUAAGUCAACAGCAACAGCAGCAAAAGACGCCGGCUAUUGUCCCCGAGAUUGUGUGGGAACGACAACGUCUGGACUACAGCAGUGAUGUUGGUGUUUGGGUGCCUGCUGAAUUCGACCUCGUAAAUAGGAUUGCAGCUUACACGAGCUGCAAUUGUGGAGAUAUUGGACAAAACAUUGCAGAUGUGGUGCCGGCGCGACUACUGAACAAGCCGCACUUGUGGAUAUCGGACUGGGAGGUGGAUUACUCCCUUCCGCACUGCUCGCACGUAGAUUUUGGCAAGCUGGAGGAGCCUCAUGUGCAUCGAGAGGAGGCAGUGAAAGGUGGCGAGCUCAGUAGAACUGCCAAAAAGACUGAAAAGUCUGAUGCAAUGUCGCAAGAGCGUGUUGUUCGUCGAAGAUGUCUGAUACGAAAGCGCCGCAUUGAUGGCAGUGAUCUCAGCUGGUUCCUGGAACUACUGGACUGCAGCACGGUUCUACACAAAAAGAGGUUACCUACUUGUCAUGACUGUGAAGGAAGGUGCUGUCUCGAUUUACUCAGUAAAGUAUUGAACGAACUGGAGGAGGAUCGAGCUCAAUACGAGGAUUUUAUGGCUCAUUUUGCAGACGAAGAGUGGGCAUCAGCACGAACAUUGAGCGACGACGGAGAUUACAAUGCCGAUGAGUGGCACCUUGACCCAGAGCUUUGCGCUUUGGAGGAGGAAGAGCGACAACUAAAGGCUGAGUUAGAGGCCAUCGAGGAUGAAACUGUACAAGUGACAGCUAAAAGGCGUGAGCUUUGGUCAACUGGAAUAGAUCUCGAGCGUUUGGUUCAUGGCACGUUUGCUGAAGGAGCGUUCUUGCAGCAUUUAUUGGGUCUGAGUCGCGACGAGCGCCAAUCGGUGGGUGUAUUUGCAGUGCAUGCAUCAGAUAUGCUGCGCCGUCUCCAGCGCUACAACGUGUGCAACGAUGUCUUCCACAUCUGGCACGACGGUCUGUUCGGUACCAUUAUUGGACUGAGACACUAG